ACAAAGGAAGACACAACCGCCAUGCUAUAUUUCUUCAUUACUUCUUCAAUAACAAUUUUGCUUUUGUCGCCGCCCGAGUAAAGUUGAAGAUGGCCUCCGCAAAGGAUGAAAAUUGCAUAAGUCCAUAUAGGAGACUUCUCCUAGAAAUGUCGAUGGAACUGUCUAACAAAGAUCUGGAGCGGUUGAUGUAUGCUGUAGGGGAUCGUCUUCCCAGGAGAUUGACAGAAAACAUAGAAAGCGGACUGAAGUUAUUUGAAGCACUCGAACAAGAUGUACACAUUGGUCCACAGAAUCUGACUUUGCUAUAUGAUGGGUUUAAAGCGAUCGGCAGAGUGGAUCUUGCGCAAAGCAUUCAGGUUUUUUCAAGAAAACUCCACAAAGCUGAUGAUAAUCCGGAUGAGACUGACGAUGGGCAAGGUGACAUGGUUCCUGACGGGGUAGGGGACGGUAGUGAUCCGGAACCAAAAGGAAGUGAUCUUGCUGACAAUGGUGCCCGAAAAGCUGUAGCCGACGAACACGUCAUGACAUUUCGAUCUGUAGUUGAUCAGCAACAUCUUGCGAAUCCUAGAAUUACUUCAACAGGGUUAAGUGGCGGUAAUGCGGAUGGCCGUACAGCUGAACAUCUUGUUGCUGUCAGAAGUGAUCCUUCGCUAACUGUUACAAAUAAUGGCUCCUCUUUAGAAUCCGCGCGGGGACCCUGUCCUGCACUUUCUCGGGAUUUCGUCCUUGGAUCGUCUGCUCGACUCCAGCCUGAUCCAGCUGCAGGACCUGCACCUGCUCGAUACGUGAACUUUCUGGUUCACGAGGGCUACGUAGUGGAAAUCCUUGGAGGAAAACACUAUAAGACCCCUGAUGGAGAAUUUGUAGAGAUGAAGAGUGGGACGCAAUAUAAAAUACACGUCAAAAAUUCUCAUGCUUAUGGUUGCCAUGUCGACAUAUCUAUUGAUGGUUAUGACGUAGGGGGAUGGGCUCUCCGCGGUGGAGAAGAGAUGUCAAUAGAAAGACCAGCUUAUGAGGCCAAGAAGUUCACCUUCUACCGAGUGAAAACUGCACCGAAAGAGGCAGGAAUUGAAUCUGACCGGCCCGAAAAUGGAGUUGUUAAGUGCGUGUUCACACCUGAAGCUUUUCUUAACAUUCCAGUGAUCACCUCUGACUCGUCUCAGCCUUUGAAUGUGAGCAUGCCUCCAUCGGCGACAGUUGGUGAUUUGAAACGUAAAUUGCAGCACCAGAUGGGAGUUAUGGAUGACCCCGAUCAAGUUCUGGCUAGAAGCGACAAGGUCCUAUCAAAUGGUACACGACUACGAGGUAUACUUGAGAAACCUACGGAUUUGAGACUAAUAGAUGCAGAAAUAUCAAUUACAGUAACAGCCGAGGCGUCUUCCAGUUUUCCUUUUCCAAUAAGGGUGCAUCCCGGCAAGGUAAAGGUCCAUUAUCUCAUGGAACAGAUAGAAGGGAAGAUUCAAGUCCCAAUCAGGGACCAAAAGCUUUACCAUGAGGGAAACCUCUUGUCAGCCGCACCAAGUAGCUAUCUCCCUGAUAAACUUAUCUGCAGUCCACAUCCGGCUGUGAAUGUCAUUAUCCCCGAGUACAUUCACAUAACUGUAGAAGAUCAGAGUGGCCAAUCACACUCCGUGAAAUUGGACAAAGAAAAGAACUUAAAGGCGGUCAUAGAAGAAAUUACCUUGUGCUGUAACCUGCAGGAAAACGAAGAGGCUACGUUUACUUUCAAUGGAAAGCACCUCUGCCCUUCUAAAGACAAAGGAACCUUAUCAAGCCUUGGUAUUUGCUCGGGAUCGAAGCUUGAGUUGACAGUGAGAAUUCUUUACAUCGAAGUCAAAGUUUUCUUCUCCAAUAACUCUUCAUCAGUCCGUGUGAAGUGUGAUCCCCAAGAAACAUUCCAGGAUUUGGUUGAAAAGAUCUUUAUAGGGCACAACAGCAGUAAUUGCAGGCUUACAUUUGCAAUAGAUGGAAGAGAGUAUGAUGCGGAUCAAGACAAAGGUCCGUUACAAGAUUACGGAGUUGCGCACGGCUGUACGCUUCGGGUAACGAGACAUCCCACCUCGGUCAGUACUAGCGAUAGAGAACGCAUCUGGCCUCAGGCGUUAGGAGCUGUAGGGCGCCCAGAAAAUCAAUCCUUUGGUUCCUCUGCAAGCGAAGAGGAUCAAUCCUGUGGUUUCUCUGGAAUUUUUCACAGUUGUGCCAAUGUCGUUGAACCGGAUCCAGCAUGGAGAUCAGGUGGAACAACAUUACAAGGCCACAGUACACAACAGUUUACCAAGGCUGAACCAAUAAGAGUGGAUCAUUCACGGAGGGUGGAACUGGUAAUCAGGCUUGUAGCCAGAGAUGGAGAAAAAGAUCUAGAAUUUCCCAAAGGUGAAUGUAAACCGCUGUCAACUCUGACACCACCACCUGUCCAAGAGUAGGGCAGACAAUGAAUCGGUGUAAAUGGAAGUCAGUUCAAUAAGUAGAUUGUAAUUUCUUUAGAUUUGUCUUGUUCACAGAUGACAGCAAAAUAUGUUAAAAACAAAAUUCUACAGUAAGCUGAAUAAUACGAGCAUUCAGGUUUUGUUCUUUCUUAUGAUCUGUUGGAAGACAGAUGAUAUCACCAUCAACAAGUUUUUACUUCUUUUACAUUAUAUGAAACAUAUAGAUUCCAUGUUGCUGUUGGUCAGGUCAGUAAUAGAUCACAGAAGUUGUAAAAAUAUGGUAAGAACAUCAGUGACAUGUACUUCGCAUUCAUUAAAG